AUGCCUGGAUUUCUUACUCCAUUUUGUUCCCAACGCUAUCACUUGCAAGAGUUUCAUGGUCGUCAUUAUUCUAGACCCAAUGAAUUGUUUAAUCAUCGACAUUCGUCGUUACGCAAUGUUAUAGAAAGAACAUUUGGUGUUCUGAAGAAACGCUUUCUAAUAUUGCAAUCCAUGCCAAAUUACAAGUCAACAAGACGAGGACCCCUCGUGAUUGCAUGUUGUGAUGCAGCUAUAGACCCAUUCUUCAUGGAAGCUGAUAAUGAAAUGGCGGCAGAAGCAACAGUAGACGAGUUUGUUGGAGGCCGAGCUGACUAUGUUAAUAUGUCACAACAUGGGUUGAUUUACCAAUUGAACUUCAGGGAUGCAAUUGCUACUGCGAUGUAG